AUGUAUCCGCCUCAACUUCCUUGUCUACCUGGAUUCAACUUUAAUCAGAACAUUGGCCGCACGAAAUUCAACAAGAGUCAUAUAUUCGACAAAAUUCACAAGAACGUAUAUUACCUCAUGGAUAAGCCUGAUCCAUCUGGAUUCAGUCGUUACCCAGCACUUUAUGCAUGGGGAGAAGAGCUACAGCGUCCGCCUUGGUUGAUGUACGACGGACAGAGGCUUAAAUUUAAUGCAUAUUUCCAAGAAAGUGUCUAUGGGAGGCGCGAGCCUGUUAAUGUUCGUCUGGUCAAUAUUAGUUUCUUUCUUGAAGAUGGAACGAUGAAGGUUUGCGAGCCUUCUAUUACUAAUAGCGGACUUGAACAAGGAAUAUUGGUUAAAAGACAAAGGAUUCCUCUGCCCGAUCCUGUGAAGUAUCGAUAUUAUGAUGUGCUUGAUUUGAACAUCGGCAUGGAACCAAAAAUUUUUGGACGCAUUUAUAAAAUUAUUAAUUGCGACGACUUCACUAGAAAAUUUUUAAAUCGUAUGGGAAUUUCAGUUCCUGAUCCUCUAACUGCUCCAAAAACUCCCACAUACAAGAGUAAUAAUAGCAUUAAAAAUAUUAAAAAAUAUAUUGGAAAACGAGAGAAUUCAGAGAAAUUUUUUAAAUAUGAUAGAAAAAUAUUAAGAUUUUAUGGUUAUUGGGACGACAGCAGUUCUAAUUAUGGACAUAUUCAUGAUUUAGAAAUUUUAUAUUAUUUAGCAGAUGAUACUAUUGAAGUAUUUGAUCAUCUGCCAUCUGAAUGUGGACAUCCAUCUAAAACAGUACUAGUUAAAAAAAUUAAAAUACCUAAGUUUUACAAAAGCAUAGAACCAAUUGGAAACGAUGAUCCCUUAACAAUUUUAAAUGUUAUUGGCGAUGCUAAAAGCUAUUAUAUUACUGAUCACUCGUACGAGGAAAAGUCAUCAGUAGAUUAUUACAGAGAAUGUGAUUUUACAAUUGGAGUGCAAUUGAACAUAUUUGGUCGUAAAGUUAGAAUAACUGAUUUGGAUAAAUACACCAAAGAAUAUUAUAGAAAGAAGUACGGAUUGGAUGACUUUACGCCACUUGACCGACCCAAAAAUCGAGGUAAUGAAUACAAAGAUAUUAAUAAAUACGUUCCACCAUAUAAUGGUUUUGGCAGUUACGAAGAUACCCUUGAAAAUUGCUUCACAAUAAGACCUAAGCGACCUAAAGUGAUUAGUGAUAAAUCAUAUCAAUAUGAAAACCAAGAAACUGAUAGGCGCAUACUCAGAUUUGAAGCAAAAAUGAUUUCCGCAAUUCCUGCUAAUAAGGACAGGCGGUUUAUAUUAAGUGUCUAUUUGAUAGAUAACACAGUUUUGAUUGUAGAAAAUACUUCUAAAAAAGCAGGAAGUAAAAAAAGCGUAUUCAAAAAAAGGAUGCGAUUUAAACUACCUGGGCAAAAUAUUUUUACUAGUGAAAGACCACAAUAUUACGAGCCACAGUACUUUUAUGUUGGAGCUACUCUGAAUCUCAUGGGGUUUGAAUUUGAAAUCAUAAAUGCCGAUGAAUACACGUUCAAUUAUAUGGAGCAGCAUCCUAAAGAGUUUCCAAAAGGCGAUAAGGACGACAUAAUGUUUAAAAUUCGAGAAACACUAAAGUCCGUUUAUCAAGACUUCAUUAAUAAAUAUUCGCCAACUAAAAUUGAUGACAAUCCGCCGAUUCUAACGUAUCUCCGCCUAAGGGAAGCCACAAAUGAAUAUCUUGGUAAUCGCAUAACCGAACACGAAAUUAUAACGAUUGCCCGUUAUUAUGCAUUUUGCGAAAAAAAGGAUGUAUGCCCACGGGAAUAUGUAAGAUCAAUAGUUCAUACGGAGCUAAUUCGUAAUUUAGGCAUUGAUUUAGAUAGACUUAAGGAGGAUUUAAAUAAUUUGGAUAGAAAUAAAUGUGGGUACCUUUCCCGCAAUGAAGUUUAUACGGUAUUGUAUGCCAACAGAGUUCCUCUUCCAAAAGAAUUGAUUAAUAUUAUGCUAAAUCGAAUUAAUAAAAAUGAAGAAGGACAAAUUAAUUUUCACGAUUUGCUUAAAUUCAUUAAUACAAACAUAGAUCCUGCUCCUUUAGUAUUGCCAACAAAUAUAAAAGCACUAUGUUCUGAAGAAGAAAGUAAGCCCAAAGAUUGCAACGAAAUAAAUUGGACCUUAUUUAUACAAGAACUGAAUUUGGAAGAAGAACUGACAAAAUAAACUUCGGAAG